AUGUCAACUAAAAGUAUUGUCCCUAGAGAAGAUAUUGGUUUCCAAACUUCCAAUUUCGAAAAUGCGUAUUGCAAGCAACGUCAUUCCAAAGCCAAUAGUUCUCCUUCGAUAAAUAUUACCAAUGACGUAGCUAAAGUUGCAGAAGUGUUAGAUAUCGCUUUUGCUCACUCCCCUCAGAAUGAUUAUUGUCUGAAGAAAUUUUUUAAUAUUCCCUUGACCCAAAAAUGUAGCAGGGAACGUAUUAAAUCUAUUUUAUAUUAUUAUACAGCUAUGUAUAAUGAUAUGGGCGGUGAAAUUGUUGAGGUCAACAAUUUUGACGCUGUUGCUUUGUUUUCAAAACCUGGUGAUCACAUUGAUUUUGAUUUGACAAAGGACCAAAAAUUCAACAAGACUUGGUUUGACGAUUUGGACCAAGUUUUAGAAAAAAUAUUACCAGAUAUUAAUAAUUUUUAUUAUUUGUAUAUGAUUGGGAAAAACUUAACCCAGAAAAAUGUUAGAGGUAGUGUAAGAAAAAUUUUUGAAACUUACAAAGAAAAGGCUGACAAAUUGGAUGUUCCUAUUGUCUUGGAAGCUAUCUCUGAACAUGCUAGAAGUGUUUAUGAAUAUUUUGGUUUUAAAAAUUAUUACACUUUUAGGUAUGGUGAUGGUGAAGUUGAUUCCUUAGGUAAUCUAAGCUCUUCCGGCGAAGGGUUUGUUUCCUAUUUGAUGGUUUAUUAUAAUAAGCCAUUAUUAGUUGAUGGUCCUAUUCAUGACUCGAAUAAAGUUGGUGAGGUUAAUGGGUUUUUAGGCAACUCUGAUUAG